AAUGCACGUUCAAUGAAAAAUAAUUCGCCAUCAAUUGCAAAUGGAACGGUGACAUAAAUGAAUUGCACAAACUGAGACGCGCUUGAAUUCGACGAAGACUCGCGCAGCAUAGCCCAAAACAGUAGAAUAGUGUAGAGAACGCAACAACAUCAGCAGCAGAAGCGAAAACAAAAGCAUGAGCUGAGACUGGACAAACAAACACAUUGAAAAGAUUAUUUCAAGGCAACGCUGCUCAACGCAGGGGAAAGAAACUUCAAGCAAGCAAUAAUAACAGAGCAGCAUUCUCAUUCCCUCACCCCCCAAAACGAUACUUGACUGCAAACGAAUAACAGGAACAGCAGCAGCAACAACAACAACAGCAGCAGCAGAAGCGUCCCCAGCAUCAUCAUCAUAAAUAGCAGCAGCAGCGGUAACAGCAACUGUAACAACAGCAGUAACAGCAACUGUUACAUCAACAAACUACAAAACCAACAACAACAAAUAUGAGCACAGUGUUUAUAAACUCACGCAAGAGCCCCAAUGUGCUAAAGAAACAGGGCACAGACCAAUGGGUCAAGCUGAAUGUGGGUGGCACCUACUUUUUAACCACCAAAACGACGCUUUCCCGUGACCCCAAUUCGUUUCUUUCGCGUCUUAUACAAGAGGACUGUGAUUUGAUAUCAGAUCGGGAUGAGACGGGUGCAUAUCUAAUUGAUCGAGAUCCAAAGUAUUUUGCGCCGGUGCUGAACUAUUUGCGGCAUGGCAAACUCGUCCUGGACGGCGUCUCGGAGGAGGGGGUGCUGGAAGAGGCCGAGUUCUACAAUGUGACGCAGUUGAUCGCCUUGGUUAAGGAGUGCAUCAGCCACAGAGAUCAGCGACCUCAUGCGGAUAAGAAGCGCGUUUAUCGCGUGCUGCAGUGUCGCGAACAGGAACUCACCCAGAUGAUCUCAACACUGUCGGAUGGCUGGCGUUUCGAGCAGCUGAUUAGCGUCGGCAUGCAAUACUCGAAUUACGGUCCGUUCGAAAACAACGAGUUCCUCUGCGUCGUCUCCAAGGAGUGCGGCUCGACAGUUGGACGCGAACUGGAGCUCAACGAUCGCGCCAAGGUGUUGCAGCAGAAAGGAUCACGAAUUCUUGGAAUUUAAAAUGCUUUCACUUAGAGCGCGUGAACCAAACACCCCCAACCAAAAAAGUAAUUCCCAUCAUCAAACACCAAGUUCAAAGAAAACAACAACAUCAACAACAAUUAACACAACAAUCAAGCACAACAUGCAUAACAAGUAAAUCAACAACAACAACAACAAGAACAACAAUAUUUGAGAUCCUUUUUCCAAAGGUUCUGCUGCUGUCAAUUGGAAUUGAGGCAAGCGCUCAAUCAGUCAGUCUCUCAGUCUGUCAAUAUACACGUAUAUGUUAAUCACAUCAAUUUGGUAGCCAGCAAGCAUUAACCCUUACGUAAGUUUUUCACAAUGCAAUUGAAAACUUUUUCUUUUCUUUAAUUUUUUGUUGCAUUAUUUUGAAAGGGGGUAGACAUAUACUUUAAUUAUUAAAUCAAUUUUUAAGUGCAAAAUA